GAGCCACCGUCGCCGCCGCGCCCGGGCGGCCAUGAAGCCGCUGGAGAAGUUGCUGAAGAAGCCGGGCUCGCACCUGCCCGCCCGACCCGCCGCCGCACCGGCACCGGCACCGGGACCGCGGCGGCAGAGCCUGUCUCGCCCCCCCGCCUCCCCCGAGGAUCCGGCGGGACCGCAGCCGGGGGGUGAGGGUCGGUGGUUGGAGCUGCGGCCACCCGAGGCUCCGCUCCGCUCCCCGGAGGAGCCAUCGCCGGGUGGCGACCGGGACCGGGAGCCGCCGAGCCCCGAGCCACCGCCCGCCGCCCGCUGCGGCUGCGCCCCCCCCGCGCCCGCGGCCCCCGAUCGGCUCCUGGAGCGGCUGCUGGAGCGACUGCCCGCGGGUGGGGGGCACGGCCGGGGCUGCCCAGCAGACUCACUGCUGGAUGACAUCGUGCUCACACACUCACUCUUCCUGCCCACCGAGCGCUUCCUGCAGCAGCUGCACCAGCAUUUCGUAGCGGUGGGGGGCAGCCCCCCGCCCCACUGGGAGGAGGGGGCCGGGCUGCGGCGCAAGCGGGCAGUGCUGUCCGUGCUGCUGCAUUUCCUCGACACCUACAAGGGGCUGCUGCAGGAGGAGGAGAGCGCCGGGAAGGUGAUCAAGGAGCUUUAUCUGCUGAUUAUGAAGGACACGUCCCUCUACCAUGACCUGGAGGAUGAGAUCCUCAAGCUGCACCAGCUUGUGGAGACGGUGGAGCUCAAGGUGGCCGAGGAGACCCCCCCCCCGAACAAGCAGGUGAAGCCGCUGUUCAGGCACUUUCGCCGCAUCGACUCCUGCCUGCAGACCCGCGUGGCCUUCCGGGGCUCUGACGAGAUUUUCUGCCGUGUCUACAUGCCCGACCACUCCUACGUCACCAUCCGCAGCCGCCUCUCGGCCUCGGUGCAGGACAUCCUGACCUCUGUCACUGAGAAGCUGCAGUACUCGGAGGAGCAGAGCACCCGCGAGGACGCCCUCAUCCUCGUCACUAUGGCCUCUUCUGGAGAGAAAGCGGUGCUGCAGCCCAGCGAGGAGUGCGUCUUCACCACCCUGGGCAUCAACAGCCACCUCUUCGCCUGCACCAGGGACACCUUCGACUCCUUGGUGCCACUGCCCGAGGAGAUCCAGGUGGUCCCUGGGGACACAGAGAUCCAUCGUGCCGAGCCGGAGGAGAUCGCCAACCACCUCACUGCCUUCCACUGGGAGCUCUUCCGCUGCAUCCACGAGCUGGAGUUUGUGGACUACGUGUUCCAUGGGGAGCGGGGCCGGCGGGAGACGGCAAACCUGGAGCUGCUGCUGCAGCGGUGCAGUGAGGUGCAGCACUGGGUGGGCACUGAGCUCCUGCUCUGUGAGUCACUGGGCAAGCGUGCCCACCUCCUCAAGAAGCUCAUCAAGAUCGCUGCCAUAUGUAAGCAGAACCAGGACAUGCUCUCCUUCUAUGCCAUCGUCAUCGGGCUCAACAAUGCUGCCAUCAGCCGACUGCGCCUCACCUGGGAGAAGCUCCCUGGGAAAUUCAAGAACCAGUUUCGGAAGUUUGAGAACCUGACGGACCCCUGCAGGAACCACAAGACUUAUCGUGAGGUGCUGGCCAAGAUGAAACCCCCCCUCAUCCCCUUUGUGCCGCUCAUCCUCAAAGACCUGACAUUCCUGCAUGAAGGCAGCAAGACCCUCCUGGAUGGGCUGGUCAACAUGGAGAAACUGCACUGCAUUGCUGAGAAAGUGAGGACCAUCCGCAAGUACCGCAGCCGCCCGCUCUGCCUGGAGCUGGAGGCCUCCCCGGGGCAGCUGCAGACCAAGGCUUACGUGCGGCAGCUCCGGGUCAUCGACAACCAGAACCUGCUCUUCGAGCUCUCCUACAAACUGGAGCCGGGCGGACAGUGAGGGCCGGGGGGGGGGGUUAGGGGGGCAAA